AUGGCUGCCGAAUACAAGAUCCAUCGGCCGUUGGUUCUGGCAACAUUGCCAAGGCCGCUAGAUCACACCAAUGGUAGCAUCGUUGCCAGAGAGGUCUAUGGCCAAAAGGACGGGUCUAAAAAGCGAAAGAGAACUGAGCUUGUCGUUGGCAUCGACGGAGAGAAUACAAGCAUCUACGAUGUCCCAACCGCUCGGCAAAUCACUUCAUACCCGAUCCCGCCACAAGAAUCCUUCACCUGCGCGCCAUACUCUGUACGUAUCCGUACUGCAGCGUCCAGCGAUAUUUAUCGAUACACAUACGCGGUGAUGAGCGACAAUGCGACGCAAAAAAUCACGUUGUUCAAGGAUGUGGUCAACCUCGAUGGCAAAACUAUCUCUACGACAACCUCGAAAACCUUGAAAACGUCUCCCGUCAAGUACAUUACGUGCUCUUCGCUAUCGUCCAAAGACUCCGUGGUUGGUGAUGUGAUCAUUGUCUGCAACGGCGGAGAGGUCUUGUCACUCUCUGCCGAGACUCUGUCUACAAAAUGGACUACUACUGCAAAGUCUUCCAUGCAAGACGUCGUUGCUACCAAGAUUGACAACCUGGAGAUCGAACAUGUUGCCUCGGGCUGCUUGAGCGAGUUUACAGAUGGCUUAUUCAAGCAUAAGCGUGAAGUACUUGGUGCGCUUCCCAAAUCAGUCGAGGGUGGUGAGCCAGAGCUCAUUGCGCUGGUUGCGACAAGCAGCACUGGGAAGCAGACGAACAGACACCUUAUGAUUCUGGCGGCUAUGAAAAGUUCGACUACCAAUGCAGACCUACAAAAAUUGGUACCCCUGGAUAUCUCCCCCAUACCGUCUACCGUCGCCAAAGGGGAAAAGGUUACGUAUCAGGUCGAUGGCCAGUCUGCUACGCUAUUCCAGCUCCAGAAUGACACUCUCACAAUCUUUGAUAUUUCGGGGGCAAUUCCAAAGGUCAGGUCCUUGUUCCAAAACCAAGGCGCUACGACGUUUGCAAAGCUGUCGCGACCAUUCGUCCUCUCGUCGUCGCCCGAAAGCAUUACACUAUUCAACUACCAAUACAGAUCAGUGCACGCCACUGUGGAGAUGGAUCUCUCUGAGCUUCCAGUCGAGAGCCAAAAACCCCGCUCUUGCCAUUUUGUGAGCUACCUUCGCAGCCAAGAUCUCGCCGUGGCCCUCAUCGACAACGUGCUGGUUUCCAUCCAUGUUGAGCCGCCCAGUAGCCAGGGUAAGCGUCGCAAAGAGGGUCUUUUGAUCGACUCCAUAGGUCGAGGCACCACUCUCGAGGCUGCGCCGAAGCGGGCGAAGCAUUCUGAUGGUGUCGAAUUCUCUCGUCGCGUUCCCGGAACCAUGACGGCAUCUUACAUGGCCGAAUACAGCGCGGAGGUGUUGGCAGCAGAUGAGCUGCUGGCGGGUAAUGACCUGUACAAGUGGGAGGAACUUCUGCGCACGAAGUUUCACAUGAGCCAUUCUGAUGAGCAGAGCGCGGAUCUGGAAGCAAAGGAGGAAGGUGUCGAAUGGGGCUGGCAUCGCGACGGCAGCAAAUACGCUGCUGUUGACAGGCGGUGGGUUAUUUACGCCCUUAGCCAGGUGUUUUCUAUCGAUGCCAACGAAUCGGAUGAUACGCAGCCACACCUGAGGCUUGUGCUCCCCGACGGCAAUGUCCUUACGUAUCUGAUCGUCGCCGGGCACGUAACACUUUCCAACCUGCGAUCUGCGUUUGUUGAAGAGCUGAAUGGAAUCGACGAUAGAAGAAUUGCGGCAGAUCUGAUUAAUUGCCUCACAAAUGCAGAGCCUUCCAUGUCGCUGUUGCUCAACUACUUGCAGGCGACCAGGCUGGGAGAAACUGAACUUAUCCUGGCGAUCCGCGCGCUCAUGCUCAGCAUGGACCUUCUGCCCGAUACGAGGAGAAUGAACAGCACAAAGCUCCUCAAGGAGCAGCCACACGACUCGGACGAUAAGUUCGAGAUGGAUCUGGACGACCUAGAGCGGGAGAUUGCUGUUACGGAGCACUACUUGGGGGAUGAUUCUAGUAGCCGCUCGCGCGGGCUAACGCUUGCUUUUACCAAACUCUGGCGUCAACCUGCUAUUGCGACGGUCAAGGCCCUUCGUACCGCUGUGCGCACGGAAGAAGUACUGGCCUUUAUCUAUCUUCUGCGGUUGGAGCUUGUCCGCGGUGCCUGGACGUCGCUGUACGUCGAUACGACCAGUUUUGAGUCAGAAGGCAACGAUUCUCCUCCGGACGGGGUCAUCACGCUCAUUGCCGAUCUUCUGGGCCGUUGCAUGGAUGCGAUUGGGUCUGGCGGCUGGCUGUUCAACGAUGCCAUGUCGUGGGCGGACAAGGCAGAGACGGGCGACUUUCUAACGGCACUGCGACUGGAGGUGACGGCGGCUCUCGAGGGCAUCGAGGAAGCCGUGCAGAUGAACGGCGUGGUGAGCGAGACGGUCCGUUACGGGCAAGCGAUGCAAAAGAACGGCGGCGGGCGGCAGGUGUCGCGGAACGGCAGCAAGCCGAUGACGGUGCAGCUAGAGACGCGGGAGUCGCGGAUGCUGCCGCUGGGCCUUGUGGUGAAGCAGCUGCCGAGCAAGGAGAAGAUUGUGUCGGGCGGCGAGGUUGUACAGCGCAGCGCGCGAGAAACGGGGCAUCUGAUCAGUCAAAAGGUGGCUGCAUAUUCGCUGGAGAAGCUUGCGAUUUAA